AGUAUUUUCCAGGGGCCUUACAUAGGGAAGAUGGCGGCGGUGCAAGUUGCCGGCUCGCCGUCGUGCGGGCAGCUACGAGAGGCUCCGCGGGAGCCGCCCCCUGAGCAGGACAAUGGGUUCCGCCGGUUGUCGGCCAGGCUCCGCGCCCUGCGCCCGGAUGACAGCAGCUCCGCCCGCACCGAGAUCCACCUGCUCUUUGACCAGCUCAUUUCCGAGAACUACAGCGAGGGCGGCGGCGUGGCCGCAGAGGAUGUCAGUGCUCUUCUUGUCCAAGCUUGCCGACUGGUGCCUCUUAAUCAGAAUCAUCUUGUCAGCAAAGUGUCUCAGCUGAUCCACCAUUUACUAAACAGAUUACAGGUGAUUGUUGAUGAACAGAACUUGGAUUUCCUGAUGGGAUAUACUAUUUCAGCUAUUCAUCAGUGUAGUUCCUGGACACACAUGGAAAUCCUUCAAGCCCUGGCAGCUCUGGUUUACUGUAAUGGCUCAAAAUGUCAAAAGUACCUUCCAGACUUGCUAGGCAAGACCGGCCUCUUAACAACAUUGAGUGACUUGGCUCAGUCUGACCCUGAAGUCAGGAGAGCUGCAGUGCAUUGCAUGGCAAACUUAUGUCUCAGUGUGCCAGGACAGCCAUACCUGGAGGAGCCCUACCAAAAUAUUUGCUUCCAAGCUUUCUUGACCACUUUACAGUCUCCAAAAUCAUCAGAUAUGGAUGACAUAACAUUUUGCAUGUUGUUACAAAAUGCAUUAAAAGGCAUUCAGUCACUUCUAAAUGGUGGAAAAAUGAAACUAACACAGACUGAUGAACUUGGAGCUCUUCUAGCUGUACUAAAGAAAGCCAUGUUUCAUGGACUUCCUGGACUAAACAUAGAGAUGCCCACGGUGUUAUACCCCACUCCACUUCCUCAGUAUGAUGGGCGACCACCUGUCAAACCACAACAGUCAGAAUCCACUGCUUCUCGACCAACGGUGAAUAAAAAGAAAAAAUACAAAAUUAAGCCAAAGAAAACCCCACAAGGAGAGGAAGAGGAAGAAGAAUCUAGUAGUGAGAUGGAAGCAGUCCCAGGCCCUGGCACAAGCAGAGUGAACAUGCAUGACAGGAACACUCGAUGCUCCUCCUCCCUGGGCGUCCAAGGUUUGCCAGUAGAUGGAAGUGGAACUCUGGGAAAAGAGCGGGUCUCCUCACCCUUCACCACUUGCAGCUGGAAAAGAGUCAGCAGUAGUGAGUCAGACUAUUCUGAUGCUGAAGGAGGCUUACAGGGUAAAAUGAGGUCAUACCAAGCCAAAGUUCGCCAAGGAGCAUUAGCUUGUUUUCUUUCUACUAUAAAAUCAAUAGAAAAAAAAGUUCUGUAUGGCUACUGGUCGGCCUUUGUUCCUGAUACGCCUGAGCUUGGAAGCCCACAAUCUGUGUCCUUAAUGACACUUGCAUUAAAAGAUCCUUCUCCCAAGGUAAGAGCAUUUAAAUUCUAAGCUUUAUAACAGGAAGGGAAAAUUUACACAUUUUGUUUUUUAUCUCAGCACCAUCCAAUCUUAAUUGAAUACUGCUCUGAGUAAUCCUGACCCAGUUCCUGACUUGAGAACUCCUGGACAGAUAAGAGGGGAUAGGAAAUGGGCUCUGUGAAUAGCACAUUGAGGGGAAUUGUAUAGAGGCCACUUCUUGCCCUCAGGCUUUCUGAAACCUGAGCACACAGAGUUGUAACUUGGGUAUCUCCUUUGAGCUCCACUGAAGUUGCUGUGUCUCCCCUUUAUGAAAAUGUUUAUUAUCAUGGAAUUUAUAAUAGCAAAAUAUGAGAAAUGGCUUAAACAACUCAACAAAAUUAUUAUGGUACAUAUGGUUAUAAAGGAUGUGUAAUGCUCAGAAAAAUGCUCAUAGUGUUUUGUGAAAGCACAAGACAUAGAAUUGUGUAUGUAGUAGGAUCCCACUGAUUUUCUUCGUAUUUAAAAAAAAAAAAAAUCAUGUAUAAUAAAUACUUGCUUCUUUUUUUAAUUUUUUUUUCCUUCUUGUGGCAGUAGGGAUCAAACCCAGGGCUUCACAUAUGCUAGGCAAGCACUGUACAACUGAGUAAUUUUUUGUUGUUGUUGUUAUAUCUUUAUUUAUUUAUUUUUAUGUGGUGCUGAGGAUCAAACCCAGUGCCUCAUAUGUGUGAGGCAGGCACUCUAUCAUUGAGCUACAGCCCCAGCCCCAUGUGAGUGUUUUUUUAAAAUUUACUUUGAGAUAGGGUCUCACUAAAUUUCCCAGCCUGGCCUUGCAUUUGGGAUUCUCCUGCCUCAGCCUCCCAAUUAGCUGCAAUUGCAGGCUUGUACCACCAUGCCUAGCUAUAAAUAUUUGCAUAUUUUAAUAAGAAAAAAAUUAUUUUUUAAAAAAGAAAAAGAUGGUUUUGUUAGCCUGGAUGGCUAUAGCAAGAUAUUUCAUGAUAUCUUGAUAUUUCAAAUAUCUGCCUCUGCUUAAAUAGGUAAGUUCCUCUCUAGAAGUUAGUCUCAAUCAAAUAAGGAAAGUAGCCUGCUAUUUAGAGUCCCCUUACAAUAAAGUAUAUUAAAAAGUUAUGCCAAAUGACAUCUGGACAUUCUCAGAACUAAACUACCCAUUGAAAGUGAAUAAUUUUAAUUAGGGUUUCUCCUUAAAAUGGGUAGUAAUCCACAAUAGAUUGGAACAUCUUAUAAUCAUGUGCUUGAAUAGCUAAUUACUGGGUAAAAAAAACUUCUAGAUGAUCCUUUGGAAGCUUAUGUUAGCAUUAAUUAUACACAAUAAAAUUCUGUGGUACAUUUCAAAUACUGUAAGUAACUAGAUUAGCAGAAAUUUUGCAGCUCACCUGAAUCAAUAAUAAAUGGGAGAAAAAUGAAAAAUGAAUGGUAGCAAAGAUACCAGUAAUGAAGCCAUUCUCGUAAUUAAAGGGAAAACUACUACAAGGAAUUUUAAAUGCAUAGUUGAAUGCUUUUCACUAGGGGGAACUGCCAGUGUGGCCAAGAAGAUGUUGCUGUGGGGCAAGUAGAAGCCAUGUUAACCACUAACACUCCAACUGCCUAGCUAAGGGAAUGAGAAACAUUCAAUCUUAGGGGAUGAAUACAGAAAGGC